GGUAAUUCAAUAUCGUCGUAUACUCCACCACACACACUUAACGGGAUAAGAGCGGCAAAACUACCGAGUCACGACUCGGUGACGCAAUUUUUUCUAAAAAAUGGUAGUUGCAGCAGCAUCAACUCCAUUUUCACUCUCGUCCGUGGCUUUCACGCGCCGUCGUGACUUCAGACGUUUUUCAUUACCUAGAGCAAGCGCCAGUCUUUCUCAGGAGGCCCCUCCUCUUCUCCGAGCAGCUCACCACACCGUGGAUGCUUAUGUAAAGAGUGGGAUGGUUAUUGGUUUAGGAUCUGGAGAAGCCUCAGAUAUGGCUAUACGUUAUUUGGGUCAGCAACUUCGUUCUGGUUCUCUAGAAGAUGUUGUUGGUGUACCAAUGUCUGCUCGAAGUGCGAGUGAAGCAGCAAAAUAUGGAAUCCCCUUGAAACAUUUCCGGGAGGAUUUCCAGAUUGAUUUUGCGUUUCAUGAUGCUGAUGCUGUAGAAGAGAAUACACUUAUCGCAGUUAUAGGGAGACGAAGAAGAUCACAGGAAGAUGACUAUAUUCUGCGACAAAAGUCUAUUGUAAAAGCAGCUGAUGAGGCAGUCUUCAUAAUAAAGGAAGAACAGUACAAGGCUGAACUUGAAGGUUCUAUCCCUGUUUUAGUUCAAUCCCUUAACUGGUUAGCUAUAGCUGAGGAGAUAGAUGACCUGUAUCUAGGGGAUGCAGAGCCUUGUGCAUAUGUGGAGAAGGUGUGGAGAAGAGCUUCUGUAGGAGAUGCAGGCCCUCUUGGAGGAGACUUUCCUAUAGUCACCAGUGAUGGUCACAACAUUCUUGAUGUUAUAUUCACAACUCCAAUUCCAAGCCUUGCUAGUGUGGCUAAAAGCCUGGAAACGAUCGAUGGGGUUGUGGACCAUGGACUCAUUACAAAAACCAGAUGCACGGUAGUGAUUGGAGGAAAAAACGAAGUAAGAACUGUUACCUUGCAGACUAGUGCAGUGGAAGGUGGUGUGUGAACUAUGGGGAGACUUUUCAGAAGUUGUUAGUUUCCAUAGAUCCUUAAGAACAGUGAGAGAUUGGACCAUUGAGGAACCUGUUUUACAGAUUAUACACUCAUUUAGUUGCAAAGUGAGCUUCUCUACGCUUAUAAGGUACAUAUUGAUUGAUUGUACUCAUUAUACAACUCAAUCAAUUUUUCAAUAUGAUUGAAAUAAAUCUUAAGAUCAAGUUAGAAAGGUUCCAAGAAAAA